GAAAUCGAGAGAGUAGGGUUUUUGGGUUUAGAAUCAGAAACUGCAGCUGAAGCAUAGUCUCCGAGAGAAAGCAGAAAUGUUGAGAUCCGUUUUGAGGAGAUCGCAAAACCUCGCCUUUGCUCGAUUCUCCACGAAGAACACCAAUGUUCCAUCGCUAGCAUCCAUUUCCAUAUUCUCAUCGUCUGGAAAUGCUUCUCCCAGAAGCCUCAGGUUCUUCUCCACGAGCCCUGCCGAUGAGAACCCAAUCUCGUCACCUUCAGAGCAUACCCACGAAGAAUCUAACGUUUCCGGUUUAGGGUUUUCCGAAAGUGUCGACCUUGAUGUGAAUGGUACCAUGUCUGGUGUCGGUGAAGAUGGAGAGUCUGAGAUUGCUACAGUCGAAGCUUCUGGAGAUGGGUCCGUUGUAGCUGAGGAGGUGAGCCAAUUCGACGAGGAAAAGUUCGAAUCUUUGCUGUCUUUGUUACGGAGCGAUGAGGAGUCUUUGGAGUUUGGUCUGAAGGCGCUUGAUCUCGAUUUAAACUCGGAUCUUGUGGCCAGAGUGUUUGAAUCUACAGGGAUUAAAGGUAAGAACUUGAUUAGGUUUCUGAAGUGGGCAACUAAGAAAGAAGAGGUUACUGUCACCACAUCGCUUCUAGAGUCUCUCCUUGUAGUAAUCUCUGGUGAUAAUAGACGUAGGUUGGAUGCUUACGCUUUGUGGGAUUUGGUUAAAGAGAUUAGUGAGAAUGAGAAUAGUCUUGUUUUGAAUCUGGAGAUAAUGAAUGAUCUCAUAGCCUUGUUUGGUAAGCUUGGCAAGUCCAAAGCCGCGUUUGAUGUGUUUAGUAAAACCGAAGAGCUUGGCUUUACUCCUAACGCCAAGACUUAUUAUGUGACGUUGGAGGCGCUUUGUAAGAGGUCUUUUAUGGAGUGGGCAUGCGUUGUGUGCGAGAAGAUGCUCAAGAGUGGUGUGUUACCAGAGGGAGACCAGAUCGGUAGCAUCAUAACUUGGUUUUGUAAAGAAGGGAAGGCUGAAGAGGCUUAUUCGGUUUACGAACUGGCCAAGGGGAAAGAGAAGUCCCCGCCGUCUAGAUCUGUUGCUACUCUGAUAAGUGCACUGAGCAAGAAUGAUGGGACUGUUGGGUUUGCUCAGGAGCUGUUGAGUGAUUUGUCUGGAGAAGCUAGGCGACAGGGAAUCAAACCGUUUUCUGAUGUGAUCCAGAGUUUGUGCAGGAUGAAGAACGUUAAAGACGCUAAAAGUUUGGUUCUGGAUAUGAUCUCUAAAGGGCCUGCUCCUGGGAAUGCGGUUUUUAAUCUGAUCGUCCACGCCGCUUCGAGAAGUGGAGAUCUCGACGAAGCCAAAGAGGUUCUGAAGUUGAUGGAGAGCAGAGGUUUGAAACCGGACGUGUACACUUACACCGUCAUCAUCAGCGGGUAUGCUAAAGGAGGGCUGAUGAACGAAGCUCAGGAGAUACUAGCGGAAGCUAAAAAGAAACAUGAGAGGCUUAGUCCCGUGACGUAUCACUCGCUCAUCCGAGGCUACUGCAAGAUUGAAGAGUAUGACAAAGCUCUUAAGCUUUUGAACGAGAUGGAGAGUUUCGGUGUGAAGCCUAGUGAGGAUGAAUAUAGUAAGCUGAUACAGUCGUUCUGCCUCAAAGCGUUGGAUUGGGAGAAAGCAGAGAUGCUGUUUGAGGAGAUGAAGCAGAAGGGCUUGCACCUCAAUGCUAUUACUCAGGGGUUGAUAAGAGCCGUUAAAGAGAUGCAAACUGAAGGCAAGGCGACCGAAGAUGUUAAUCUACUUGCUGCUGCAUAGAACUCAGAUUUGAUAUUUUCCCAUUUGUUCUAUCAAAAUCUGGAAUAGCUUUUGAAGAUGUUUUCUCUUGGUUUGAAACUCCAGACAAUGCCUUGUUUUUUCUCCAAUAAGCUUUUAUGGUGUGCAAUA